AUGGCCACUAGCAUGAAGCAAGAAAACACCGAAUUCGAGACGAUGACAGACGCGUCAACCACCCCCUUCCGGGAACACACGCCUCCGACCACCAUCGAAGCUCCAGACUCCCUCUGGAGCAGCCGCGGCGCCAUCCCCUGGGCCGAAAAUACCUUCCAAAUCAUCGAGAAGCAAAGCGGCAGAGCCAUCACGCUCGUCGGAGAUCAACCUAAGCUGCAGAGCCUCCGCGAGGCCAGCAAUGUGGAUACCCACUGGCUGUGCGUCAAACAGGAUGGCUAUUUUGGCUUCCAGAAUCCCCAGACCGGGAGGUACCUUGGUCACGAUGGCAAGACCGGCAUCCGCACGUUGGUUUCUCACCUGAAGGGCUGGGAGCUGUGGACGCCGAGGCAGCAUCCCGAGGGAGGCUACGAGCUCUUGUCACCGUACUACUCCCAUACCCUGAUGGUCCUGUGUGUUGAUGAGGACGGAAGCACCUUGCUAGCCACCGCGGUUGCGUUCGUCCACUCCCGGGGCUUUGUGCAUGGAGACAUUCAUCUUCGGAACGUGUUGGUCAAACUUCCAUCAACAUUCGACGAGCUUUCAAUCCCGGACUUCAGGAAGAAAUUUGGCGAGCCUGAGACAGUUCCCAUUUCCCGGGUCGAUGACAAGCCCCUGACUACAAACAUCCCGUCGCAUGCUGUAGUGCCGCUUUAUCUCGGCAAAAAGGCGCAAGAGUUUUCCUUGGUCGACGCGCACGGCCUCAUUCUCAGCGACUUUGGCGAGGCAUUUUCACCAGCUACGGAGCAGCGCCUCGGGAGAGAUUGCAAUACUCCCCUGGCCAAGAGAGCACCUGAGACGCUCUUCGAACCUGAAAACUAUCUAUCCUACCCUUCAGACAUAUGGAGCCUUGGAACCGCCAUCUGGGAGAUAUUAGGGAUGAAAUUCAUCUUCAGCAAGUCAGAAACACAGGACGAGAUUGUGGCUCAGCAGAUUGAUGUCCUGGGUACAUCAAACUUCCCCGAGAGCUGGAGAAAACAGUGGGAACGACUUGGCGAGGAGGAAAAGUUGGGUAGCAACACCACAAUCCCUCGUCGGCCAACCGGUGAACGGGAGACCUGGCCCAAUCUCGAGGACGCCUUCGAAGAAUUUGUGCAGAAGUACAGGAGGAAACGAGAGGCAGCUGGGAUUUUUGAGGAGCAAGAGACGAGUGCCAUUCUCGCACUGAUGCGCAGCAUGCUUAGAUUCCGGCCCGAGGAGCGUCUGACGAUAGAAAAGGUUCUCGAGUCCGAGUGGAUGGUCAAGUGGGCUUUGCCUCAGCUCGAGUAG